UGGGCGCAAGGUGCGUUGCUCGGUUUAUUUAAUGAGGGUAAGGUGGUACAGGAGGGAGCUGUGGGGCGUGCAGUGGAAGAGGCCCUGCUGGUGCCGGCGUCAGGUUGGGGUGCUCUUCGCACGCGUUUGUUGGAGGCAUACCGUGGUCUAGAUGAGACGGAAGGCUAUGCGUUUGGUUAUUGGAAGAACAUCUGUCGUCCAAUGUUGCAACUAGAUUUGGCACACCAGAUUGCGUGUGCAUGGCGGCGUGGUGGUUUGUGUGAGGGUUGCCGACCUGGGGCGGUAAUGAGUUUUCCUGCUAAAGGUAAUGUGGCAGCGGCUCAUAUUCCGCACCCGGUUCUACUGGGUGUAAGUUCGGACCCGCGUGCACCUCUACGUCGCUGGAUCGAAACAGGUUACUGGGAUGUCCGCGGGGACUAUCAGGUCCACCACAACUGGAAUGAAUUAUACAAUCGUGUCCAGGGCACCUGGUUUGCCGAAAGUGAACGUGUUGCGGAACGGAUCGCACACGUAGCAAACACUCAUGGCACUCAUACCGCCCGUCUACCCUGGUCCGCCACUUGGAAGCCCUGGAAGCAGCCACCGUGGUCCGAUUCAGACGAUACCGCCGAACUCGUCCAAGCCGACCUCGAUCGCCGCAUCGCACACUGGCGCGUGCUCAAUCUGCGAGACCUCCUUGACGCCUUCCGUCUUGCACCACAUCUAGUAACCACACUUCAACGCCAUACCGCUAAUUCUCUUCAACAUGUUGCUCGCAACCCUAAUACUACCCAAGGAACACAUAACUAUUAUAUUGGUUGUUACGACCAAGUCUACGUUGUCCUAGAAUUCGAAGGCGGCGACAAGAUCAACGACGCCACCGACGACCAGGGGAGAUCCAAUAGAUCUAAGCUCCGGGCACUCCUUGCUCCCACCUGCCUCCGAGCAGACUCAGCCGAGGAAGCGGAACAGAGGACCGCCACCUUCUGGGCCCAAGUGCGCCAAGAUGCAGGCUGCGCUGACUAUACCGACUAUAGCUAA